UGCGCAGAGCGCGAGCGGCGACUGCCAACCAGCGGCGGUCACGUGUAGGCCACGCCCCUCUCUUUCACUGGCCUCGAGGAGAAGCUUUUUAGUCGAGUUGCCAUUUUGUGUCGUUCGCGCGUGAGAGGAGAAGAUUGGCAAGAUGGUGAAACUUUUUAUUGGCAACAUCCCGCCUGAGGCAACACCCGCAGAGCUGAAGACACUGUUCGAAGAGUAUGGAAAAGUUACAGAGUGUGAUAUCAUAACAAAUUAUGGCUUUGUCCAUAUGGAAGACAAAAAGGCGGCUGAUGAGGCAGUAGAAAAUCUGAACCAAUAUAAAUUACAUGAUGUCUGCAUUAAUGUGGAACACAGCAGGGGCAAACCAAAAGCUUCAACCAAGCUUCAUGUCAGUAGCAUUAACCCUGACUGUACCAGUGAAGAGUUAAGAGAACUAUUUGAGCAGUAUGGAUCUGUUUUGGAAUGUGAUAUUGUGAAGGAUUUCGCCUUUGUUCACAUGGAGAAAGCAGAGGAAGCACUUGAAGCAAUCAGAAAUCUAAACAACUAUGAAUUUAAAGGUAAAAUAUUUUCGGGCUCCGACGUGGUCUCCAGUUGCGUUCGCAAUAAAAAGUUUUCGUCUGAACGUCGGAAAUGUGCAACAUCUCAGUUUUUUGUUUUUUAUUUAAGUAAAUUGAUGCACCUACUGAAAUGCAUAGAGGGAAAUAUUAUAGAUUCACAUCUCCUUAGAUUAAAGGUGCCCAUACACAAUAGAUAUGUUGGUUGAGGAACAACAUUUUGAAGACAGACGUGUUUUAGACUUUAUUUAAUCAUGAAUGGCCUAUUUGACGGACUUAUGAACUUUCUAAAAAGAACGUUUGUGGCCUCAUGACUACCAGACAUAAAUUGAAACAACUGCUGAUCUCCGUACAGAUGAGUGCAGUCUUUCGUCCAUCAGCUAAGACGCUGAUCGUUUAUUAAACAUCACCUAACUGAUCAGCUGUUUUCCUUAUAUCUAAUGUUUAUGGGCACCUUUUUGGUUUGUGUAGAUUUUCAUGAAUAUGUAUUACUGGAUAGCUGCAUUAAAUCAAUGGGGGAGAUUUAUCAAAAUCUGUGUAGAGGAAUAGUGCAGUUGCCCAUAGCAAACCAAUCACAUUGCGUCUUAUUUUUCACAGGCCUCUUUAAAAAUGAAAGAAGCAAUAUGGUUGCUAUAGGCAACUCGACAACUUUUCCUCUGCACAGGUUUUGAUAAAUCUCCCCCAACAAGCCUAGGUGUCUUUUGUAGGGUCAUGGUAUCAAGUGGCUUCCAAAGAAGCAUGUUGUCAACAGAACAGAAAAUACAAGUUAAGUUUUGACAUUCUUGAACUGACAUUUAUAACCCUAAUACAUUUCAUUUUUAACCAGGUAACAUUAACAUAUGUCGUCUGUUUUAUAACUUAGUUUGCAAAACAUUCAUCCAGCGUAAUUCUCAAUUAACUGCAAAUUCCAACCUAUUGUAGGUAUUUCAUGGCCACUAUCAUUUUUAAAAUUUUGGUUCAUGUAUGUUUAUGCAUUCCCAACACCCCUAAAAAAAAGUCAACUCCCAAUCUAGUAUAGAAGUCUAAGUUAACAUUGCAUCAGUUUUGUGCAAAGAAAUUCAGGUUGUGUGUGUGUAGUAAAUUUAACUACAUCUUACUAUUGUACUUUUUUGUAAGCUCUUUUUAGGAAUUCAUAUUUCAUGUGUUUCUUUUCUACCAUAGUAAAUGUAUUAGCAAGAAGAAAAAGUAAUGUGCAGUAAAACCAUUCAGGAUAUGUUACCUAUCUUGUAUGAAGAUAUAUAUGCCAACAUUUGAUUUUUUUUCUUCCUAAAUAAAGAGCUGUUUUGAAAGUG